CUCCUUGCAGUACGCUGAUGAAGUGAGUGCGGCGCACUAUCCAUCGGCUUUAUCCUUUCUGUUUCGUGACUGCCUCUGUCACACCACAGGCAGCGAACAUGGCACACUACAUUGAUGGGAAAGACUGCAUGAUCUCAGAAUGGAUCCUCUUGAUCUUCGCAUACUGUUUCGUUGCGGCACGCAUGUACACGCGCCUAUUUCGUCUGCGCUCGAAGUUGGACGCGUCGGAUUAUCUGUUGUUGGCUUCUGCGCUGGUUGCGUUGGGGUUGAUCAUUUGCGAUACGCUCACGUAUCAGAUGGGCGUUCUGGAUGAGUAUGAGACGUCGGAGAAGCUGUCAAAGAUCUCAUUUGCCUCGAACUACUUCUACGAUGUCGGCAUGGGUUUCCCCAAACUCAGCAUGCUGGCUUUCUACUGGGCGUUCUUCAACCUCGCUGGUCACCCGGGACUGCGCAAGAUGCUCUUCGGUAUUACGGCUUUUGUCGUCGCGAGCUACCUGACUAUCCUCUUCGACGAUACCUUCUUCUGCGGCACACCGGUUUCCGUGCAAUGGUCUCAGGAAGAGGGCGCGUGCUCCGUAUUCUAUGCGCCAGAGCCGUUCAUCUUGAACUUCACUCUCAACUUAGCUUGCUACCUCGCGGUCUACGCUGUUCCUGUGGUGCUUCUGGUGAAGGGUGUUCUGAGGUCGUCGGCUGGUGUUGCUCUUACAUUUGCGCUCGGUGCGCUUACCAUCGCCUCGAGCAUUGUGCGCUUUGCCUGCCUCAAGAUUGGAACAGGACAAGAGAACCUCGUUUAUCCUUUGAGUAUGGUAGAGAUGACUCUUUCUAUCAUUGUAGUUGCGCUGCCGGGACUCAAGCCACUGGCGAGGAAUACCAAAGUCUAGAUACCAGGCGGAUGUGUGUAGUUUUGAGGAAGAGAAUUUGCGAUUACCAAGCAUAGACUGGAGCGGCGAAACACUUUCAAUUAGCCUUAAUGCUCAUAAUAGAUUCCUCAAACGGUCG